AUGGAUCCUGCUUCGCUCCUGUGCAGCAUCUGUCCCAAGCAGCCCCAGUUCAGCGACGUCUCGCACUUGCUGACCCACGUUUCCUCGAAAGCUCAUUUGUCUCACUACUUCAAGCUCCAAGUCCGCAGCCAUCAGGAGCCGGGUGCUGGAGACCUUCUCAAUGAAUAUGACCGAUGGUACAAGUUCAACGACAUCGCCCGGCUACUGUCUAAUCGAAUGACAUCCAAAGAAGCCCGAAAACGGAGAGUCCAAAGCAAGGCAACGGCCCAUGGUGCUACGCGUCCGAUCAAAAAGGAUACAGACAAGAGGGCUAUAAAAACACCCACUUCUUUGCCCGAGUUUCUAGAUCCUCGCCUUUCUGAUCCGUAUUCCCGCCCCUCCCUCCAGGAAGACAUCGGGCAUUCGUUUGAUACUACUAGCUAUCCACCGCCAUCUACGGUCCCCAAAGCAUACUUUAAUGAGCAGGAUGAGAUUCAAACAUUAGCUUCGGGGAGUAUCAUUGCUCCGUCCUGGAAAAGGGAACACGAACUGGAUUCUGGAGACGAGAGUCUCUCCAUUCUACAGUCAAGUCUUCACUGGCCGGAAACACCCAGGAUUCGAAGUAAACUGCCUACAGUCUCCUUUUCGGCUUUCCCAGGGGUGGCUCAUGAUCCGUUUGUGGAUGACAACGAGAAUGACGCCAAUGGUGAAGUGGACAUCGACAAGGAGAGAGCGGACGAAAUGGCAAGACUCAAGGGGAUUCUGUGGCCGGGGAUGGAUAUCUUCGACUCGGCCACAGAGCAGAUGAGGCGCAAACGGAACCAAAAGAAGGAUGAGAGCAUCCUUAGGAUGAUGGAGAGGACAUCCCUCUGUAUCGAGCCUACAGAACUAGUCUUUUCUCCAACAGGGAUCUUACGAAGGCAGAGAGUCAUUUCCGGAAACGUGGAAGACAGCAGCCCGCUGAAAGGGGAGACCCCUGUUCCCAAACGACGCGCCAGCCGUCCAAAGCGUGGCGCCCUUUCCCAAACUGACCCUAACAUUGCACCAGGAUGUGUCCAAGGAAAUAAACGGGUCAAGAAGGAGCAAGGCCAUGCAGUAAAAACGCUUUCUCCCAACUCGUCUCUAUCGAGCACCCUCUUUCUCCGAAGCCCGGUUCCACUUCAUUCGUUAUCCAGUCGCAAUGGUUUCUACCCCAGUUCUUACCUUGAAGACGACAACGAGGAUUUGAGGCUGUCCAUGGCCGUGUCCGAGCCGAAGGCUCGUGGGGGAUUCCCGGUCUUUCAUGAUGAACAACACUCUGCACACAAUGUGGGCUUCAAGAAUCACCGUUCCGAAACCACCAGUGACUCUUCAAACCCCUUCUUACCCCGGCCAGAAACGUCCGUGUUCAACUCCAUGUCGACAUUUGCUGCCAGUACAUACCCGUUGCGGUAUUCUGGGGAAACGGGGCUCAACGCCGCGGGAAAGGAGAACGUCGAGCCUGUGAUGAAUGGAUAUGGUAAAAUCGAGACACCGGGUCCUUGGCACUCCCCCCUGGCCAAAAGAUCCUUCUCGGGGGACAUGGGGUUACCGUCUCAGGUACUCUUCGGAGACCUCGGUGGUGUCGAAUUUGGUGCCUUUGAAGAUCUGUCCGGAUACUCUUUCAACCCUUUGGUUGCCUCGUUUAGUCGAUUAGCUGCACACGAGCCACACCUCUACGCUCCAGCGAAGACCCCCGAGUACGAACAGAAGCCGGCUGCGCGUAUCCAUUCCCCCAACGGCACUAUCUCCGAUAUCGAGCAUGAUGAUUUCGAACGACUCUACUUGGAUGGAAGCACUCAUUAAAAGCAAAGCGGCGUCUAGGCAGUGAGAUCCUUUCAGCGGCGGUCUAUAUUCAUUCUUCUUCCUCUUUUUUCAUACAAUUACCAUUCGAGAGCGACAUCUUUGCAUCAUUAUUCGGCUUUGAGCAUCAUUUUUUUUUUCUUCUCGACACUGUCGUCGCUUAUAAUGGCGUUAUCGGGACAAAGGGGGGGUCGUGCUAUAGAUAUCGACCAGAACGUUGCUCGGACCAGUUCGAAGAAGUUCACAUGAGCCAUGUCUAUCUUUUUCUGCU